AUGGUCGGGGGCGGCGGCGCGGCGGCGGCGGGGGCGGGCAGCGGCGGCGGCACGAGCGGCGCCAAGCUGCUGCAGAUCCUUAACGUGCGGGUCGUGGGCAACGGCGACCGCGUCGUGGUGCUGUCCCACGGCUUCGGGACGGACCAGUCGGCGUGGAGCCGCGUGCUCCCCUACCUCACCCGCGACCACCGCGUGGUGCUCUACGACCUCGUCUGCGCCGGCAGCGUCAACCCGGAGCACUUCGACUUCCGCCGCUACGACACGCUCGACUCGUACGUCGACGACCUCCUCGCCAUCCUCGACGCGCUCCGCAUCCCGCGCUGCGCUUUCGUCGGACACCCGUUCCUGAACGACGACGACUACCACGGCGGGUUCGAGCUGCCGGAGAUCCAGCAGGUGUUCCACGCGAUGGCGGCCAACUACUCGGCGUGGGCGGUCGGGUACGCCCCGCUGGCGGUGGGCGCGGACGUGCCCGCGGCGGUGCAGGAGUUCAGCCGCACCCUCUUCAACAUGCGGCCGGACAUCUCCCUCCACGUCGGCCGCACAGUGUUCAACACCGACCUCCGCGGCGUGCUGGGCAUGGUGCGCUCCCCCUGCGUGGUGGUGCAGACCACCCGCGACGUCUCCGUCCCGGCGUCCGUCGCCGCCUACCUCAAGGCCCACCUCGGCGGCCGCACCACCGUGGAGUUCCUCCAGACCGAGGGCCACCUCCCGCACCUCAGCGCCCCAGGCCUCCUCGCCCAGGUGCUCCGCCGCGCGCUCGCCCGGUACUAG